ACCUAACUUUACGCUAUGGAAUCAUGUACUUACCAAGAGCUAUGAAGCGCACGUGGAACACUGUAAAAAGCUGAGGAUGAUGAACAGUUUUUCUAAAGUACUCUAUAAACUGAAGUUUAAAAUUAAUACAUUGUGCUAUGGCAUCUAGUGAUUCUGACGAUGAGCUUAUGGUUCCAACUUUUUUGCAAAAUGAAUCAAUCGCUAGUGUUUUAACACCAAAAAAAAUUUUUAAUCAUGAAUACACUUUGUCACCUUUAACUCUUACACCUCCUUCAUGUAUAUCAAAAAAAAGAAAUCAUUUUUCAUUAUUAGGCUUGCUUUCAGAAAAAAGCAAUUUAGUUGUUAAGCUCGAGGAAAAUGAAAAAAUUGAUCAAAUGAGAAAGUCUUUUGAAGAAGAUGAUUUGGCUAGAUUGGUAGAUGAGACUGAAAAUACAGAAUGUGAAGAUACAAAUCAUUCUCAAGAAAUUGAAAAUCAAACUCAAAAUUUAAACACACAUGAUAAGCAGAUUCUGCAAAAGGUAACAGGUUUUCUUGAAAAUGAUUUCCCAGAAAUUUGUCCCGGUGAUGAGAUUUUUAUACAUCAAGUAAAUGAAGAGUCAAUUCAAAACUUGACUCCUUUAUUUAAAUAUUGUGAUAUAGAUUUGGUUGACUUAAAUAAUGAGAUAUUAAAAGAUGAUGGUGUUGCAACAAGAUUAGAAAUUGAUGUGACAACUGCAAAUGAUAUUUGUGAUUUAUUAAGUUUUUUGACAAUCGAUGAAUCAACUCCUGAUGAUGUUUGUCAUUUAUUAUGGAGACUGGUGUGCUUGCAUAAAGACAAAGUUGUAUCAGAAUCAAUAUACAAUCUUCUUAUCUCUAAAGUCUUGAAGAAAAAUGUUUGGCUUCCCAAAGUUGCAGAUUUUGUUGAUUUUUUAAUUACACUUGGUGCUGAUGUCUUCAAACUUUCAUUUCCUCCAUUUGUUACCAAUCCAUUUGUUACUAAUCUUAAUUUGGCAAAAAAUUUAGAUGACACUGAAAAAUGUUUUAUACGAAAAAAAUUUAAUGAAAGAUGUUUCAACUUGAUAUCAAUUAUAAGAUUGUAUGGAUACUGUGUUCAUAACAAGCUCGUGAAACUAUGUACUGAUGAAAUUGAUGGUUUACUUCUUGUUUUAUUAAGAUGUUGCUUAGAUAAAGUUUUGGAUCUCUACAGAUUGGAUUUAAUUAAUUUGAUUGGAAGCUUGUUGGAUUUCUAUGUUCAGUGGAAUAAAGAUCAGAUGGUCAAAUUAACAACAUGUAUUUAUGCAAUGAAUUUACAUCAUCAUAACAUUUUACAACUGUCAGAUUUCAUCCCUAUGACUUUGCGAGGUUUACAGUUUAAACAAUUAUUUUGUUUUUUAAUGUCAUCAUCAAUGAUAACAGAUGGUCUAUGGAAACAGAGUGAUGUUGAAUGUCCUGUUACACCUCGUUUGAUUUCAAAAUUGAUUGAUCAAAUUCAUAUAAAUGAAGCUACAAACUAUUACAAGCUUCACUCUGUAAUUCUAUUAUUAGAAGCUUCUUUAUAUACCGAUGAUGUUUUGUCUACACAAAAGAUCAGUUUGUCAAGCAUAAUGAACAAGUUGCGAUCAUUAAAUAGUGAUAUAAAAGAGUGUAGAGGUCACUUUAUAGACAGGACCAAAGUAAAAGAUGUGAUUAUUCGAUUUGUAAGCAAAAUUAUGUUUGCUCUUCAAAACCUUCAAACACAGUGUCAUUUGGAUAGUUAUUUCGAAAAGACCAGCUCCAAUAUAAUUAUCGUAGAAAGUGUGAAGCAGACAGCAAAUGAUGAAGACGAAACUUCAGAAUAAAAUUUUUUUAUUUUAUUUAUUAUGACAAAACUUUAUUACAAAAAGAUUUUAUAACUAUUAAAA